GUCUAUUACCAGUGGCUAAUAAUUCGCUCAAACUUCAAUGGGAAUUCAUUGUAAUUGACUAAUUUCAAUUAGCUACUAACAGAAAUAAAACAAAAAAGAAAAAAAGAAACAAAAAGAGAGUUUUCUAGUUUUUUAGGGUUUAUUUUUGUCGGGAAGUAUAAGCUAUAAUUUUACCAAAACUUCUUCAAUAUCAAAUCGAUGUCUUGUUUCAGCUGAUCUUUACCUUUUCUCCGGCGACUUCUCCGAUCAGGUUGGAAGGGAUUAUGCUUGCUGGAUACAUUCUGAGGGUGGUUUGUGAUCUUUGUAGAUUGUGUUAUUUUGGCGCUUUGUCCGAAGGAGUUCUGAUUGACCACUCACUCUUUAGUAGUAGCUAUGCUACCCACUGGGUUGAAAGAUAAUCAAUUCCGAGAGAGCAACAGUCAAAAGGUCCACCCUCAACCCAUGGAAGAGUCUAUCAAUCAAAAUCCUGAAGCCGUGGAAGGCUUGAUAUCCAAAGUAUUUACAAAUAUUUCAUCCUUGAAGUCAGCAUACAUCCAGCUUCAAGCUGCUCAUACUCCCUAUGACCCUGAAAAGAUACAAGCUGCUGACAAACUUGUAAUUUCUGAGCUGAAGACCUUGUCUGAAAUAAAGCACUUCUACAGGGAAAACUACCCAAAACCAGCAUCUGUUUCUCCGCAGGACUCUCGAUUGGCCGCGGAGAUCCAAGAACAACAGAGCCUGCUGAAAACUUAUGAGGUUAUGGUGAAGAAAUUUCAGUCUGAAAUUCAGAAUAAAGAUUCUGAGAUUCAUCAGUUGCAGAAACAAAUUGAGGAGGCAAGUCAGAAGCGAGCCAAAUUGGAAAAGAAUCUUAAGCUCAGGGGACUGUCAACCAAAGAAUCAGAAGCUUCUGGAAAUGAAAAUGGAUACUCUUCAAUAGAUCUCACCCCUGAAAUCUUCAUAUCUGCUGUAGAAGCAUCUUUCAAAGCCAUUCAUGAUUUUUCUAAACCUUUGAUCAACAUGAUGAAAGCAGCUGGGUGGGACCUUGAUGCUGCUGCUAACUCCAUCGAACCUGAUGUUGUUUAUGCAAAGAGAGCUCACAAAAAGUACGCAUUUGAAUCUCAUAUAUGUCAAAGAAUUUUCAGCGGGUUUCAGCAGGAAAGCUAUUCAAUAGAGUCAGACAGUGCGACAUUCUCCAAAGAGAGUUUCUUUCACCAAUAUCAGGCACUAAGGGAUACAGAUCCAUUAGAUGUGCUAGGUCAGAAUCCAGAUUCCGAUUUCGGUAAAUUUUGCAGGGGCAAGUAUCUGGCAGUGGUUCACCCAAAAAUGGAAGCUUCAUUCUUUGGAAAUUUGGAUCAGCGAAAUUACGUACUGGGAGGCGGGCAUCCGAGAACUCCGUUUUACCAAGCUUUCUUAAAGCUGGCCAAGUCAAUCUGGCUUCUGCACAGGCUGGCAUAUUCCUUUGAUUCUAAUAUCAAAAUCUUUCAGGUGAAGAGGGGAAGUGAGUUCUCAGAGGUUUAUAUGGAAAGUGUUGUGAAAAAUCUGAUAUUGGAUGAAAAUAAGAAACCUAGUGUUGGACUAAUGGUGAUGCCUGGUUUUUGGAUAGGUGGCAGUUUGAUUCAGAGCCGUGUUUAUCUCUCCGGUGUGAAGGUUGCUGAGUAAUUGCUAAUCCUCACUGAACUUUAUCCUGAUGUUUGAUUUGGCGUGUUUCACUGUAAUGCAUUUCCUUUGUUUAUAGCAUGCUGUAAGAUUUGUAAUUGUGUUGUUAAUUUGUUUGCUGUAGCAGUAAUAUCAAGUAGAAAACGUCUUUCAUUCUCUUUAUUUAUGGUGUGUGCAUUGCAAACUGGAUCGAAAUAUCUAAUCCAACUGAAAAAAUCAAUUGAACUUAA